AUGCAAAAAAAUGUACCCCUUGUCCAGAAGAUCAACAUCCAAACAUCCUUCGAGAUCAGUGUAUUCCCAAGAUUAAAACCUUCCUAUCCUACCAAGAGAAUCUGGGGAUCAUCCUGGCUUUAUUUGCCUCUUUACUCUCUUUCCUCACAGGCUUUGUCUUGAGAAUCUUCAUUAACUUCCAAGACACUCCAAUCAUCAAAGCCAAUAACAGAGACCUUUCCUACAUUCUCCUGGUCUCCCUCCUGCUUUCCUUCUUCACUCCUUUCCUCUUCAUUGGCCAGCCAACCAGAGUCACUUGCCUUCUCCGACAGAUAACCUUCAGCAUCAUCUUCUCAGUUGCCAUUUCUUCUGUCUUGGCAAAAACAAUCACGGUGGUGCUGGUUUUCUUGGCCACAAAGCCAGGGAAUAAAGUUCAGAAAUGGCUGGGGAAGAGUUUGGCCAACUCUAUUAUCCUUUCUUGCUCUGGUCUUCAAAUUGUCAUUUGCAGCAGCUGGCUUGGCACCUCUCCCCCAUUUCCUGACUCUGACCCACACUCUCAACCUGGAGAGAUCAUCCUGCAAUGCAAUGAAGGAUCCGUCACCAUGUUUUACUGUGCUCUUGGCUAUAUGGGAUUCCUGGCUGCCAUCUGUUUCAUGGUGGCUUUCCUGGCCAGGAAUCUGCCUGGAGCCUUCAACGAAGCCAAGCUGAUCACCUUCAGCAUGCUGGUCUUUUGUAGCGUCUGGGUCUCCUUCAUGCCCACCUAUCUCAGUACCAAAGGGAAGUACAUGAUGAUGGAAAUGUUCUACCAGCUUUUAAUAAAUGUGAUUUCUCCUUUUCUCUUUGCUACUGAGCAUUUAGAAAAGUUCAUGAGUGUGUAUGGAUACUUUCGAUGUACCUGUGAUCAUGGAGCAUCAGAGAAAGUUGAAGCGGUCACCAAGGAGAAGCUUCUCCUUCUAAUUAUCAAAGCCAUAAAAAUUGCUCUUUCUCUUGAUCCUCAUCAACCCUCCAAAGUUUUCCCAAAAGAAGAACUUGACAUCUGCAAACAUCAGACUCAAGACCAACCCAUGUCUUGCAUCAGUCUGGAAAGCAAAGGAAUAAAUGUCUCCCCUGUUACUUGA